AACAGACUAUCCGGACCAAGCAAGGUCACUUGCACGUGUAGCUGUCACUCUGUUACGCACUCACCGGCUACUUCGUUGCAGUCAGUUUCUUCUUGACCUGACUUUAUCCAGCGCUACAUUCGUGGAGUGUUCACUGUUAAUAUCAGUAUUAUAACGGGAAGUACAUUGUAACAAUGGCAAGAGGAGGUCGCAGUGUCGGUCGCUCUUCAGCACCUGCCAGUGCUCCAGCACCAUCCUACGCCCCAGCUCCAGCCCCCCCUCCCCCGGCGGCCCUGGCUCCGGCCCCUGCUCAGCCCAAGCAGCCUGGCCUGAUGGCCCAGAUGGCCACUACCGCAGCCGGGGUAGCUGUGGGCUCAGCCGUGGGCCACGUCAUGGGCAGUGCCCUCACUGGAGCUUUCAGCGGUGGCAGCAGCAGCAGCAGCCCAGAGCCGGCAAAACCAGCACCCACAUACCAGGAGCCCCCCAGGCCCAUGCCACCUCAGCAAGGUCCGUGCCACUUUGAGGUCAGGCAGUUCCUGGACUGCGCCACCACCCAGUCGGACCUCACCCUGUGCGAAGGCUUCAGCGAGGCGCUCAAGCAGUGCAAGUUCUCACAUGGUGUGAAUCAACUGGUGUAACGGUGGUCCUUCAAGGUCAAUUCAAGAAUUCAACAACAACUCCUACCUAGAGCAAUAAGAUCUUCAGACAACUCGACUCAAUCAGAACAAUUAAACUUCUGACACGUAUUAAUAAACACUGUAGUUGUAUAAUGUACUUUGGACUUGUAAUUAUGUACAUGAGAUUGUAAAAUGAAAGCUGCUGUGUGCUUGUGUUGUCCGAAUGGUGUCUUGGUUAAUAAAUAAAAGUUGAGCGGCA